CAUCGUUUGAGCAGUUUUGCAUAUAGUAAAACGGAAGCUGUGUGCUUUUCGUUGCUAAAGCUGCUAUUUUUUUUUCUGAUAGUGCACCUAGAAUUAGAUAUCGAUUUGUGGAAUAUUAAUAAUAAUAAUAAUAUAAUUAACUAACAGUGCAAAUAUAUUUUAAAUCGUUAUACAUUAAAGUACUUCUGAUUUGUUUAAAAAAACCUACUAUAAAGAUUGAAUCCGCACAAAACUAAUAAAUUACAUAAUUUUAAAAUCCUUAAGUUAAAAUGGUGAAUAUAUUAAAAAAUUUAAUAACAAUAUUGAUAUUUGGGGUCUUUACAAUUGACGGGUUAAUCUAUGAUUCGCUAAAAUCUAAAUGGGAUCCAUACGAUGUAAUUAAAAUUUCGAAAUUUCAAGAACCGAUUUGCUAUCAAACACAAAAAAUAUCUCAAAAUUAUUAUGGGAUGUUAAAAGUUAAAGAAAGUCUGCAUUUGGAAGCUGAAGAUUUGCUGCACUGUGAGGUUACAAACCCUCACUUGAACAUAAGAAAACCCAGAAUGGUUAUUCACACAAUGGGAUCAACAAGUGACCCGUCGUCUGUUACGAAAUUUUCCAAACCCACCGAUAAGGAUUGCUUUUCUUUUUCAGUAAAAACAAGCGGUGUUGCAUAUAUUUAUUUAUAUACCGACCUGAGUAUCUUUACUUAUAAAACAGUUACUUUAGGUAUUAAAAAUAAUACCAAAUCGCUCUUAAGCGAUAAUCAUCGAACAUGUACCGCUUGCCAGCCAGUUUCAACUAUGGGAAUCUUAGAUCCUCUGGAAUUUAGAGGAUUUUGGAUUUCGUGGGACGACGAUCAAAUAAAGGUCGGUAAGGAAGGAGAGAAUGAUACGAUAAUAGAAAAUAGUUUUUAUGGUGGUAUCGGAAAAAUCCGGUACAUUGGAAUAGCAACUCCAGGGAGUUUGGGUCAUAGCACUUGGAAAAUAGAAGAACCAUCAUGUCCGGAAAUAAUAAAUGCACCAGAUAAAGAACGAACGGUGUUAACAAGCUGUCAUAAAAUAUUUGACAAAAAUGCACUAAGUUUAACUAAAUAUUCUGAUGAACUUAAAUUAUUAAAACAAAUUCAAGCCUUAGAGGCAGAAUUUAUGGUAGAAAAAGUAGAAAAUAAAUUGAAUUUAAGUAAAAUUUAUGAUUAUUAUUAUAAUAAUCUAGAUGACUUUUAUUUCAAAAAUUAUAUUAAACUAAUAAAAUAUUGUAAAAAAAAAUGCAAUGAGGAAGUGUUGCAAAUAACUGGCAAAACAAUUGAAAAUUUAAGAACGGUACUAAAAGAAAAAAUAGAGGAAUUAGCUGCAAUUCCACAAUGUUCUGAAAAUGGUCAUUUUGAUGAUUUAUCAAACGAAUGUGUUUGUAAUGAUCGUUAUGCUGGUGAUGGUAUUCAUUGCGGAUCAGAUCAAGAUCAAGAUGGCUUUCCCGAUGAAAGUAUUUUAGAUUGUAUUGAUAAUCCAAAUUGUGUGAAGGAUAAUUGCCCUUAUAAUUUUAAUCCCAAUCAAUAUGAUGAAAAUUAUAAUGGAAUUGGAGAUAUAUGUGAAUUUGAUUUCGUACCUAAAAGUUUAACAUAUUCGGAUAAAAGUCAAAAUGAUUUAAAUAAUGAACAAGAAAUGCAUUGUGCAGAUUUGGCCAAUAUGAUUGAAGCAACAGGAAAAAAUUGUGUUUUUGAAAUUGAUUUUAAAAUAUCGGAAGAUUAUAAAGAAGAUUAUGUGCUUUUAAUGUUUUCCCAACAAAAAUCACAAAAAUCAUUCAUACUUUCUUGGGGUGACUACUAUUUCAAAAGAUUCCAAUUAGAUAAAUAUGAUAAUGAGAAUGUGUCAAAUGUCAGCUAUGAUGAUUUAAAAAAUACAGAAAAUUUAAGGCCAAGCUCAAAUCGUUAUAGUUUUGAAAUAGGAAAAAAUUAUCGUAUUGUAUUAUUUUAUUCGUAUAACAAAUUACAAAUAAGAAUUCUAGAUGCGAAUGGUACAAUUUUGGAAACAACCGAUAUGAAUAUCGUGGAAAUUGAUAAUAAUGAACCUAUUGAAAAAAUUUGUUCUAUAUCGGGCAAAGUAGAUUGGCGAAAUGCGAAUCAUCGAUGCUAUUGAGAUAUGCAAUGAGCUUAAAAAUUAUAUGGAAUUGAAUAUUUUUACAAUUUUUCUUACAAUUUACUGUUGUGUGUUUUGAAAUUUGUAAUAAAAUAUUUUUUGAUUUUUUGAAAA